AGUUCUUAGCUUCUUUUUCUCGUGCUUAAAAAAAGCACAUUUUUCGUUUAAUUUAAUAAUCGUCAUUUUUGUUUUACAUUUUUUCAAUUAAUAAGCUGUACAUUUUGAUAGUAACUUAAUUAAGCAGAAGUAUUAGAUAACUACCUAUAUAAGAGCACAACGGAACUAACACCUUCGUACAAAUAAAAAUUGUCCGCCAAGGAGAAAUUCGUUAAAAAAAACUUCUUACAAAGAAAUAUAAAACAAUUUGUUGUAUGAGUCAAAAAAUAGAACGACCAGUACUAUCAGGUCAGCGCAUCAAGACCAGAAAAAGAGAUGAAAAAGAGAAAUUCGAUCCCACGGGGUUCCGUGACGCGGUCAUUGCUGGUCUCGAUAAAACUGAAGGCGACCUGGAACAAAUUUCUAAGUAUUUAGAUCUUGCUGGUAACAAACUUGACUAUCGUCGUUACGGCGAAGUACUUUUUGAUAUUUUAAUUGCUGGUGGUUUACUGGUUCCUGGUGGAUCAAUUUCUCAGGAUGGCGAGAAACCUCGUACAAAUUAUUGUAUUUUCGAGGCGUCCGAAGAUAUGGAAGCCAUGCGAAACCAUGAGCAGGUAUUCAUCAAGCUCAUGCGUAGAUAUAAGUACUUGGAAAAGAUGUUCGAGGUGGAAAUGAAGAAAGUGUUGGUCUUUAUUAAAGGCUUUACUCCUAGCGAGCGUGUCAAAUUGGCUCGUAUGACGGCACUUUGGAUGAUUAACGGCGCAAUACCUCCAACUGUUUUGUUGGUAUUAAAUAACGAGCAUCUGAUUAAAGAUGGCAUCGCGCUGGAUUUUCUUGUAGAACUGUUUCUAACAUUUAAACAAGAGAAGGGAAUGACAUAUCUUGUUCAAGCUCUUAAAAAAGGUGGACUAGAAAGCAAGUUAAUGGAAUUUUUCCCACCAAACAAACGUACUGAAGAAUAUUUAAAUAAAGUUUUUCUCGAAAAGGAACUUUCUGAAGUUAUUAAACUACACAAAGCUCAGGCUAGUCAAGAAGCCAAACGGGAACUACAACAGUCCCUUCUUGAUGACAUUAAUGAUGAUAAACCACACACAGAAAUUGCUGCUGACAUUAAAGAGUUUGCACUCAAAUCAAACAUUCCCGACCAUGAAAUUAUUUACAUUAUAUGGUCGACAGUUAUGUCACUCGGUGAAUGGAACAAAAAAGAAGAACUAGUUACUGAUCAGGCAGUUAGACACUUAAAAGGCUACUGCCCAUUAUUAAAAGCAUUUGCUUCAAAUAAUCGUUCUGAGUUGGCAUUGAUCCUAAAAGUCCAAGAAUUCUGUUAUGAAAAUAUGAACUUUAUGAAGGCUUUCCAGAAAAUAAUUUUACUGUUCUACAAAACUGAAGUGCUAUCUGAAGAAAUAAUUUUGAAGUGGUACAAAGAAGCACAUUCUUCUAAAGGUAAAAUGCAUUUCUUGGAGCAAAUGAAGAAACUUGUUGAAUGGCUUCAAGAUGCAGAAGAAGAAACAGAAUCCGAAGAUGAACAAGCAGAAAAUGCCGAAGAUGGACAAGACGAACAUGCUGAAGAAAACGCGAACAAAUAACUUUCUAGGGUACACAAAUGAUUAUUUAUUUACAAAAACAAAAGAACUUAAAUACGGCAAAAAUAAAAAAAAAAAACAACUACAAACAUGGAAACCUGGCGAAAUAUUUAAAAACUUGUUUCGUCAACAAUAUAUACAACAAGUAAAACAUUAAUAUCUCUUUUUCAAACGAUGAAAGCUGAUCUGAAAUGAAUUUUAUACCAACGGAAGGAAUACAUAUAUAUUUGAAUGCCAAAUAAAUUAUACAAUGCAACAACAACAAUUCUCAAUAUUUUUGACUGCUCUCUAUAUUCGCAUUCAGAAACACCAACAUUUUUUAAAAUCAUACUUGUUGAACAUAAAAUCUUAAAGCAACAACAAACCAACAAGGAAAAGAAUCUAAGCAAAACAAACACACAUAUUUGAAAAAGACCAGAGUUUUAAUAUCGUAAAAAAUUCUAAAUAAAAAAAUUAAAAAAACACAA